CCCAGAGGAAGUGCUGCGCUGUGAUGGCUGGAGCGUGGAGGAGCUGGUAGGCUUCCAGAACAUACCACCAGACCUGCGGCUUUACACCGACCCUCAGCACCGUGUUCCCGGCCACUUCACCGCCGCUGUAGCUCCAUAAUGUCUCUCCUCUGUUAUAAUAAAGGCUGCGGACAACGGUUUGACCUCGAGAACAAUCCUGACGAUGCUUGUACUUAUCACCCAGGAGUGCCAGUUUUCCAUGAUGCACUCAAGGGCUGGUCGUGUUGUAAAAGACGAACCACUGACUUCUCAGAUUUCCUUAGUAUUGCUGGUUGUACAAAAGGACCUCAUAACCAGGAGAAGCCCCCCGAACCUGUCAAGCCAGAGGUGAAGUCAUCUGGAGAAAAGAAGGAUGUGGACGAUCUUAAACCAAAGUUUAACGAGUCGAUCAUCCAAGCACCAAAACCAGCUGAGGCCAUUCGACGGCCAAGUCCAGAUGAACCUAUCUCAAGACUGCCACAGAAGGUCACGGCUUCACUUAAACAAGCUCUAGAAAAACUCCGGUUGUCUGAUAAUGCAACGGACAAAAAAGAAGAGGAAGGGGAUGAAAUUAAGAUUGGAACGUCUUGCAAGAAUGGAGGAUGCACAAAAACCUUUAGUGGAUUAGAGAGCAAUGAAGAAGUCUGCUCAUAUCAUGCUGGAUUCCCUAUCUUCCACGAAGGGAUGAAAUACUGGAGCUGCUGCAAGAGGAAAACAUCUGACUUCAACGCUUUUCUCUCACAAGAGGGAUGUACCAAAGGGACGCAUCUGUGGCGCAAGAAGGACUCGGGUAAAAAGGUUGUGCCAUGCAGGUUUGACUGGCACCAAACAGGAGGUCAGGUCACCAUAACCGUCUAUGCGAAAAACUCCGUCCCUGAACUGAGCUAUGUGGACGGGAACAGUACCAAUCUGGAUAUUCACAUUAUAUUUGAUGGUGAGCAGGAGUUUGAACAGAAGAUCAUCUUAUGGGGGGUCAUCAAUGCCACUAAAAGCACAAUGAACAUGAUGGCUACUAAGAUCGAGAUUGUGCUGAAGAAAGCUGAGCCGAUGUUUUGGGCACGGCUAGACCUCCCGUUGGUGACCAGUCUGCCCAAAGAGAAGGAGAAGAAGAAAGAGAGUGAUAGUGAAGAUGAUGAUGAUGACGACGACGAUGAUGAUUAAACAAACAUGCAGAGCAGCACUGAAGUACUGUAUUAAAUCUUCAACCCAACCCCAUGAUGCAAGAUAAAUCCAGGAAGAUGAGCUACAUUGAUAUGAUGAUGCAUGAAAGCAUUUCCUUCUGUGAAGACUGCAGAUUUUUUUGUUCUUUUUACACGUCCUUAUUUCGUUGCAGGUUGCAACACGCCAGUGCUUUUUAGCUUUUCUUCACAUUCCAAAGAAUAGAAAAUUUGAAAUUACUGUAAUGAUUGUAUUUGGUUUUAAGAGUGGUGGUUUGAUGCUUUACACCAGUCAGGCCCUUUUCUACAGUAGACUACUCAACAUGAACUUGAAAAAUGAUUCCAGCAGCAAGUCUUCAAAUCUGGACAUUGUAUCUAGUUCCUACAGUUUUCUAUGAUCAGUUAGUUAGAUAAUCUGCUGAUGUAUCUCUACUUAUGCUGUGUUCCAUUACCUCAGAAUUAAGAUAUUUGGACCUGAGAAUGAUGUCACGCUCAGGUUGACAGCGUUACAGUUAAACAUUCCAAUAAUUUUACACUGUUUUAAAAACAUUUCCAAAUAAACAGUUAGCUGGAGACUUCAAAGUUCGAUGUGUUAUGUGGCAAAACCAACCGAUUUAUUUGUCUUAAUUUAUCAUUGUUAAUAAUAAAUUAAAGUAUAUUUUUAACAUCCAAAAUGAAAUGCCCACAGAUAAGAAUUGUACAGUACUGUGUGUACAGUUGAUUUAAUGACUAAUGCUAAUAAAAUAUCCUUUAAGCAUCGUCAUCGCAAGGGGCACAAAGGGCAAUGUUUUGAUUCUUGACACUAGACACAAUACUAGAUACACAGCGCUGUCUCUGUGUCUUUGUAAGUGACAGGCUGCUGCUGCUGCCUGAGAAGUGGGAGUGGGAGUGGGAGUGCGAUGGUGGGCAGGAGUAAACACGAGGUAACCGCAUGGCCUCAAUCAACAUGGUAGGGCACGUGCUUGUAAAUGCAUGUGGCGAAAGCUGUGCACCUCAGUCACGUUUCACGCUUCUACUCCGAGAAAAACACACUUAUUUACCUUUUAAAAGGUUUUGAGUGCUCGCCGCUGACUCAGCUCUUGAUCGGUCCGAAUGUGAGACAGCACAUUUGCAAUAUAACAUUUUUCUAAUAUCGUGCAGCCCUAUAAUAAACUGUAUUAAACUCAGCAACCUUUUGGUUUGUUGCAGAAAUCUUGCAUUGUGCACUGUGGAAUGCUAAAGUUUGCUUGACUUUCUGAGUAGGGAAUUUAACUUGUGCAGCAUUUCAAUUGAGGAAUACUGCUUGGAAAUUAGAAAUUGCAAUAUGCCAGUGGUACUCAAAUGUUUAACGCAAUGUACCACCAAUGAUCAAAUCAAAACAUAAAAGUAAUUUGUAAAUGCCGUAUUCUUUGUAAGCCAGAAAGCUUGAGACAGAGGUAAAUAACAGGAACAUGAGAGAAUGUACUACAGAGUCUCAGACAUCCCAUGUUGCAGAAAAAAAAUUACCCUCGGACUUGGGUUUGGUGGAAGCCAUGUUGCUUCUUCUCUUGGCUAGUAAUGCACCAACACACCAGGAGGGUGAAGACUAACACAUGCCUCCCCCGACACAUGUGAAGCUUCUUUUCGAGCUGCUGCUGAAAAGAAGGCUGUGAGGCUACAUUACCGAGUAGCCUCACAGCGCUAACGACUCGGUUCUGAUACAUCAGCUCACAGAGGCCCUGUGCUGCAGAGAUCACCCUAGGAGUGAUGUGGCAGCGUGAUGGCAAAGCUGCAUGAGUGGGAGUUCCGGCGGCGACCUCCCGCUCAUAGUGGCAGAGCUUUAGACCGCUGGACCACGCAGCGCCCUAUCAUUCAUAUAUUGUGCGGGUCAUCUGGUGUACCACCCUAAAAUGCUUUAUGUUCCACCAGAGGUACACGUACCACAGUUUGAGAACCUCUACAAUAUGCAGGUUGAAAUGGAACACAGCAUUAGCACUUAAGAGUCCAGCACUGCUUGGUGUUUAUCCUGGUCUUAUAGUACAAAUAUAUAUUAUGUAUAGUAAAUUAUAAUUUGCUGUGCGCAGCAAGAAAACAUGGAGGUCUAAAAAAACAUGUCCAGUUUUUUAUAUACAUGUAUUUCUACUGGCUUUUUAGGCACAACUGAAGUCCACUAUGUGUUUUAUGUUACAACGUCCAGAAGCAGAAACUGGAUACAGGGUCCAGAUCUGAAGACUGUUUCUAUGCUUCUGUCUCAUUGUCAGUCCUUUUUGUACAUUUCCACUCAAGCUCCUCUAUAAUUUAAAGUAUCAUGCCUCUAUGACUUGACCAUUAUCAACUUAUUAAAAGUUGCAGAAGUCCCACUA